UAUAUACUCCUGAUAAUGAAAUAAAGAGCAGAGCUAGUUUUUUAUUCCUACGCUAAACUCAACAUGGUAUCAUCAGAGCCCCCAGCGGCUGAGCAACCGAAAAACCCUACCUGCUCGUCCAUGUUCGUCUUCGACCAAAAGUAACACCAGGGUUGUUCACUUGUUCAGAGAUGGGAGACGAAGCAACGCCAUGGUUGGACCCUGCAUCACCGUUUUAUCUGGGAUCGGGAGAUCAACCAGGUAAUCUAAUUACUCACGUUGUCCUCAAUGGCGACAAUUACGUGUCUUGGUAGAGGGCCAUUACUCUGUCACUAAAGGUGAGGUGAAAGUUCGUGUUCAUAGAUGGAACCAUCAAGAAACCUACGGCAGCGUCGUAGCUCCUCGAUUGGGACACAGUAAACUCGGUGAUUGUUUCUUGGAUCCUGCGAAGUAUUGACCUAAGUGUCGCAACAUCUAUACCUUAUCAUGAAGAAGCAAGAUCAUUAUGGUUGUAUCUUGAGAUCCGAUUUGGUGUUGCUAACAGGCCUCGUUUGCAACAGUUACGUGCAUCCAUUACAGAUUGCAAACAAAUCAAAGUCAUGUCUGUUGAAGGAUAUUAUACCAAACGUAUGGGUCUCUACCAUGAGAUGAAUCGUCUCAAGCCAUUACACGUGUGCUCGUGUGGAAUUUGUACAUGUGAUGUCGCUGGCAAGUUUGUGGCUGACAGGGAAGAAGAACAAUUUCAUCAAUUCUUGAUUGGAAUUGAUGAUGAGAUUUACGGGACGGCUCAUUCAAACCUUAUGUCUCAAGACCCAUUGCCGGAUAUUAAUCGUGUGUGUCAAGUCUUCCUUUGAGAGGAGCGCUCUCGCGCCAUUACUCGUAACAAGAAUCAUGUUGCUGAAAUCAGUGCCCUUACUCUUCAAGCCGAGCGUACCAAGAGACGGGUGGACAAAGCCGAACGCAGCAAGCAUACAUGUUCUCAUUGCAAACAGAAAGGUUAUGACAUAAGUACAUGUUUCAAAAUACAUAGCUAUCCAGAGUGGUGGGAAGAACGUAAUCGUAACAAAGGUACACUUGGACAAGGACCACCGGCUGGAACGCUACCUUGUCGCAUGGGCAGGGAGGAAUCGCACACGCACAUGUUGUAACUGCACCGCCAUAUGAAGUGACUGCUCCGCCUAACUCUGGUGAUACACAUCUGUUACAUAUGUUGACUAAAGAACAGGUUGACGUGCUUUUGAAUAUGCAUAAUAACAAAACUCGUUCCUAUGAUUGUAUGACUGGUGAGUCAACUUAUUUUGAUUGGACUAUUGAUAUUGGGGCCACUCAUCAUGUGACGAGCGAUUCAUCAUGUCUCACCAAUUUUGUGCAUAUUAAUUGAUGUCCGGUCGAACUACCCGAUGGGCGUACUGUGACUGUUUCUAUGGAGGGCAGACGGGCAGUGUGCGCCUCUCUCAAACACUCUCACUUGCUAAUGUUCUCUAUGUGCCCGGCUUACACUGUCAUCUCAUAUCUGUGUCUAAAUUAAUUGAUCACUCAGCUUGUACAGUAUCUUUCACUAAUUCUCUUUGUGAUAUACAGGACCUACACUUGAGGAACCUGAUUGGACCCGAUGAGAGACGAGAUGAGCUAAUUUAUUUCCGAGAUGUGCCAGAUGUUCAUGUCGUUGCAGAACCUGGAUUCCCAGAGUGUUAGCUACGGCGUCAUCUUGGGCAUCCGUCAGAUAGAGUUGUUGAACUAGUACCUGGGGUUAGUUCUAGUUUUUCUAGAAAGAAACUAAAUAAAGCUUGUGUGGUUUGUCCACAAGCAAAACAAGUUCAUGAUUCUUUUCCUUUUUGUGAAAAUAAAGCUAGUCGAAUUAUGGAAUUAUUACAUUGUGAUUUGUGGGGUCCCUAUAAAACACCCUCUACUUGUGAUGUUGUUUAUUUUAUGACCAUUGUUGAUGA